GCGGCCACGGCGGCGGGACCUCUACCCGCGGCUACCCCCCUUCGCCGCCGCAUAAUCACCGGCGCGUGUACGGCGGCCACUACUCGGCCACCCAACACACCUGCGCCCUUCGCGUCGGCUUUCUUCUUCCUUUUUCUGCCGUAUUCGGACUGGGUAAUGGCGGCCGGAGAAGGAAGAGCGCGCGCCAGCCUCCCGAUUGGCCGCGCCGGGUCACGUGGCACUCGUUCGAACCCGCUCACGGGCCCUUUGAAAAUUUCUCCCGAUGACGGCGGCGGGUGGUGGAAAGAUGGCCGUGCGCUGAGGGGCUAGCCAGCUGAGCUGCAGCCAGCGACCACCACCGUCGGCGGGUGACAGGCCGCCCCAAAUUACGGGCUUCGCGUGGGCUGCGUCGUGCGGUCGCCGUGUUGGGAGGGCAACGAGAAAAUCGGCCGCGACCGCCGCCCCUCGGAGUUUCGGACCCUCGCCAGGGGUGAUGCGCUCCCGGGCAGCCGCCGUCAGCUGAGCGCGGCAGUACCAGCGCGACCCCGUCGUCGUCGUCGCCGCCGCCGCUGGGACGACGGCUAGCUCCCGAGCGCCAUGGAGGACAUCAAGAGUGACGCGGUCCUCCACAUCGCCGAGAUCAUCACGGAGCGGCUGUACUUUGCCACGGUGCGUAGCACGGUGAAGCCAGUCUCGGGUGGCCAGAACCACUUCUUCAGCGUCGACGAUGAGCUGGUUUACGAGAGCUUCUAUGCCGACUUCGGCCCUCUCAACCUGGCCAUGCUCUACCGCUACUGCGUCAAACUGCAGAAGAAGCUGAAGUCGUAUGCCCUGGCCCAGAAGAAGAUCAUCCACUACACGACCAGCGAUGGCAAGAAGCGGGUCAAUGCGGCCUUUCUGAUGGGCUCCUACUCCAUAAUCUUCCUAAAGCGGACGGCUGAGCAAGCUUACAAGUCUCUCUGUGCAGGCAUCAUCACGCCAUACAUUUCCUUCAGGGACGCGUCGUUUGGGCCUUGCACGUACAACCUGAGUUUGCUGAACUGUCUGCGGGCCGUCGAGAAGGCGGUUCUCCACAAAUUCCUCGACUUUGAGACAUUUGACCUGGAAGAAUACGAGUACUACGAGCGGGUGGAGAAUGGCGACCUCAACUGGAUCGUGCCCAACAAGUUCAUCGCCUUCUGCGGGCCCCACCCCAAGAGCAAAAUUGAAAACGGCCACCCGUUCCACUCGCCGGAGACGUACUUCCCGUACUUUCGCGAGCACAACGUCAGCACUGUGGUGCGGCUGAACAAGAAGAUAUACGACGCCCGUCGCUUUGCUGACCAGGGCUUUGACCACAAGGACCUGUUCUUCGUGGACGGCUCGACGCCCAGCGAUGCCAUCAUGCGUGAAUUCAUCGAAAUUAGCGAGAACACCCCUGGUGCCAUUGCAGUCCAUUGCAAGGCUGGCCUUGGCCGCACGGGUACCCUGAUAGCGUGCUACAUCAUGAAACACUACCGCUUCACGGCGGCCGAGGCCAUCGCCUGGAUCCGCAUCUGCCGGCCAGGCUCCAUCAUUGGCCACCAGCAGCAUUGGCUCGAAGAGAAGCAGCACUACCUGUGGCUACAGGGCGACCUACACAGGUCGCAGCUUAGCGGCAGCCAGCAGCAACAGCAGCAGCAGCACGCCAACAACCUCAACAACAAUGGCAACACAGGGCCCACCACGGGCAGCGCACGCCGCUCACUGUCGCCGCACAACCGCAGUGUGUCCCCACCGGCCACGGCGAGCAACAACCGGCGCGGGUCGCCCCGGCGCGCCAUGCCGUCGGACACCGAGGGCACGGUCAGCCACAUACUGGGCCGCUUCCACUUGACCGACAAGAGGACACAGCAGCAGCAGCAGGUGGACCGAGCCAACAACAACACGAUGGCGGGCGACUCUGAGGAGGACCUGACGCAGGGCGACAAGCUUAUGCGCAUCAAGGCACAGCGGAGACACCCACGCUCCCUCACGGCUGGCACUCCGCUCACUGGCGAAGAAGGCCGUCCACAGCGGCGAGCUUCCUCUCAGCCCCUGAAAAUAGCAGGCAGCGGGGGCACCCCCGUGUCGACCCCGGGGGGUCCAUUUGCAUCGUCGGUGGGCUAUGCCUCCCCGGUCAAGUCCCUGCGCACUGGAAGCCGCACUCCCGCCGCAGCGGUCAACACGACGGGGCGUCGCCGCUCCCCCACUUCGCCUCCUGCCCGCAGCGUCUCGGGCCGCCAGGCGUCGGGCAGCAUGCCCAGGUGACGAGGGGGGCCGGCCCUCCGGAGGGCGGCAGCGGAGGCGCCCCCCGGCCCCCCUAGCAGGCGCUCCCCCCGGAAGAGGCCCAAGAGAUGCAACCCCUCCACCCCCAGCCACCGCUGACGAACCCCUCCGCGGCCGGCUGCUAGCACGACACGCCCAUGUCUGUCCACCCCUCCAGGAUAGAAUCACCGGUUCCGUCGCAUGCGGUGUGAUCAUAACCAGGCAGUGUCACUGGCAGGUACUUUCCCGCCCAUAGACCUCCUCACCAGAGUAGUGUGUGCGACACUGCCUGGAGUUCGGAAGGGAUGGCGAGGCGUGCCUAUCUAACGCUCCAGGCAAGAACCAUUGUUCUUGCGGCAGAGUGCGAAGGUGACUGGAGGGUACGCAAAUGAGCAUCUUCGUACAUGUACCCCAUCAAAACCGAGUGCAACAUUAGAGCACGAUAGCAUACUGCCAGUGCUCUGCCGUCACCAUUGUGCCAGCUGUAUCUAGUACCAAUGCACAGCUGGUACCAGCUCAUACCAGCCGACACCUAGGUACCUGGGUACCAGCCGUGCACCAGAGUACCAGCUGUGUGCACCAGUGUACCUGUGUACGAGCUGUGUAUUGUGCCCUAGACGUACAGAUAGAUUGCUGGAAGAGGUGAUAAUGGUGCCGGUAGUGGCAAAGCAGUAGUGGUGUGACAACAUUCUGUUGCCUGUAGUUUGGAGAUGCUAGCAUGGCGUGCCUGCCUGCCCUACUGGGCAAGAAUUGCUGGCUCUGGGGCAAACAAAAUAACAAUGAUGAUGACUAGACAGCGUCCUGGCAGGCGCUUCCUGUGCAUAUCUCACCAGAAUUGAGUGCAGCAUUGUUGCCCAGAGUCGAGACACUGGUGCCGUGAUGCUGGUAGAUGUUUUGCGAGUCUCUGGACGAAGUUUUAUUUUUUCCAGGAAGCGCUGCAUGUGUAACUUGAACUUAAGUUGAACUCGAGAAAAAGGGAGUGGUGCAUUCUGGGAGUGCUUGGAGGUGCUCGCUCUGCACCUCUUGGCCUCAUGCCAGUACUUUUAGUUAAGUUUCACCUGGAAGUAUGCGUGGCAUUUGUUCUAAAGUGUGCAGUCGUAAUACGCUGUAGCGGUUUUAAUUCUCACUAAGGGCACUUGCUGCUAAUUGGUUUGUUGGAAGUUUUGCCAGACACUUUCAACCCUGUAGCUGAUUGCCCAUAGCACAGAUUUUUUUUUUUUUUAGUUUGAGGUGGGGAACUAAGUCUUGAAAUAGAGAGAAUGACGCCGUACCUGUGGGCUGUGGCUUGUACAGCCUAGUUCACCUGCAUUCAUUAACCUGUCAUAGUUUGAAGAGGUCCGGUUAAUUGGGUAUUGAGUUUAACACAUGCACUUGCUCUGUUGUGGAUUUCUUUACAUUGCCUUGAGUUGAUUUGCACAAAACUGCAGCCCCAGGGCUAAGCCAUCUCGCUGCUCUUGUUACUGUUGAACUGCAGCUUUCCCUUGGCGGAGGCCAGGAACUGGUUACAUGGUACGGAGCAACGCCACUGGUUUUACUAGUUUAAAGCUGCGUUGCAGUGGUUUUUAUUUGUGUUGUGUGAAACACUGACAAUGAGAUUUUAUUUCGUGAAGCCAAUUGCAAUACUGUGAAAGCUGUUGGCUGUGACUCCCACCUGGUGUUGGCUCCACUCUUCCUUUUAAGUGCUGCCUCCUCGUUGCAAACAAACGUGCUGCUGCUGUGUCACUGACACAUAGCUUAGGAAUGGCCACGUUCCCAGUUGAUCAGGUUUCGGUGGUGUCACUUUCAGAGCGAGUCGAUUGGCUAAGGCGACGGAAGCAGAUGUGCUAAAACGUGUGGAAACUUGCCACACAAGCACUGUUCUUGCAUUGUGUGUUUCUUGAGCACAUAAGACAAAAUGUUGCGCUGAAUGUCAUGCUGAGAGUCAUUAGUCGUAAAUAUCACUCAAGAAGGAGUGAGACCCUACCAAACAAUGUACUGUUGGAUAUCACAUUGCAUCGAGCGACACUUGACGACAUGCAGCGACAUAUAGCAGGCCUUUCUGUCUCUGAAUUUGUGCACAUCGAAUGCCAUUUGGCAACAUUUCUUGACUCAUGAUGUGAAGUUUGUCAGCAAACUCAGUCGAUGAUGUUUGGUCACAGCUUAAGGCACGAACGGUAAAAUCACGCCAGAGGGGUGCUGUCGUUUGUGUUACUCCACACUGUACUGUGACUCCUGCUAGUCAGGCGACUAAAUGCACCCAGACUUGCUGUGAUAGCAGUAGCUCUGCAUGCAGUGCAGUUCCAGCUAGGCCUGCUCUUUCAUGCUUGCUUUGCUCGGGCAGCCAUUCACUGAAGGUUUCGUGCAGUCAAACCUUGUUAUAAUGAAGUUGCGUCUGACAUGAAAAUACUUUCAUCAUAUUCAGUAUUUGCUAUAAGUGUACAUGCCGACAUUGUAAAAAAUUAGGCACAGUCAGGUCCGUGCGAGAGAAAGGCAAGCGCAAUACCUCUGACAGGCCAGCAAAGAAUCUCCCGAUGAUUUUGAUGGCUCGUUGUCGGCUUGCCAUGCCAAUAUGUUGCACGUGAGCAAUGAAAAAUUAAACACAUACUUUGCACCACAGUUAAUGUGCAGCUUUGCAAUCUGUGCGAUCACAUGGGAUCAGCAUGUUGGCAAGCCUGCUGUGUGGGACAGCCACGCCAAGCUGCUGUCCAAGUCACGCAUGGACGACCUGCAUGUGCCAUUUCAAGUUGCUCUUUCGGAGUGUUUUAAUUUUUGCUACUAGAAUGAAUGCAUGCUUUGAGCUGUAAGCGAACAAAGAUUCAUUUCGCUGUAACUGAUACUGUCUUGGCUCUUGCAUCCUUGUUUUCAUCACGGCAAUAGAAAACCGAUUGAAGUAAAUUAUGGCAAGGCAGAAUGUAUUGUAUUGGCAAGGCAGAAUGAAAUGAUUUGUUUGUUAGCAUGAAUUUUAUUUGCUACCAGGCAGUAAUAACGUUGCUUCAAAUUGCCCUUCAAGUAACGUCCAGUGCAUUGUGUGUUUCAGUUGACACAGCAGCAGUAGCAGCAACAGAAUCUCACAAGCGAGCUUUGAGGGACGCGCUGGGAGGCAGGCCACUGCCAAUUUCGCAACAGUGGCAUUGCUGUGGCGUUUGAGCCCACUUAUGUAUAUCAGACACAUUUACAGUGUCUGCAGGCACGUUCAGGUGUGUCGUUCCGAGAAGCCUGGAUGUGCCAUUCUUCCCGGUUUGUUUUCCUCAUCACCCAUCGUCACUUAUCAUCCAUUGUCACUCUUCACCCUCGCUACAUCCCGCCCAACCACUUCCCGUCCUUGUAGCGGACAGAGAGCUCGUGAGCUCGAUGACGCUGAUACUGUUGCCCUAAGCAGAUUGAGGGUGCUUCUAGAACCAUACUAAUCAUUGAUCCUUGUUGCUGCGUGGAUGUCCCGAAGAUAAUGUUUCACUCAUCACAUUCAUUUCAUGCUUUGGGGCUGAUAUACUCAGUCUCACCAUGACUCGGCAAACAGGCAAGGCUGUGGGACCUUCUUACUUCAUGUGUGAGAGAGCUAAUGGAUUUUAUUUCAUUAACAGCCACAAAUUUUUGUUUCAGACAGCUUUUGCAGGUUGCUUCUAUUAAGUAAAAAUUCCUUUAAAAAAAUAACUUCAUUCGACCUACACGUGACACCGCCUGGGGUUCUAGCUUAGAAAUAUGCAUGUUGGUGCAGGGGGACAACAAGCGAGUAAUAUGUUGUGUGAAUGUCUCCAUAUUUUUAUGAGUGGUACUACAUAAUUAAUAGUAUUUGCGUAAGGAUGACCGCGUGGGUAGGGCCUUUCUGAAGUGGUAAAAGUCGGUUGGUGGCAAGCAUGCAACACUUUGGUUGAAAACAUGUAGUUCACCAAUGACGGAAAGUACGACGCAGACGACGCUUCUUGGAGCGGACGACAGCUCCUGCUUUGGUUCAGCGUAGCAGGGGGAGUAAUGCGCCGUUGCAAGCUCCAUUGCUUGACUGCGCCUGUAGCCUUUGCACUUUGCCGAGUUACGAUGGGACAAAGUACGGUGUUGGCAACUGUUAACUGCCCACUUUUGCAAUGUGGGUUACUGAGAGACCACCUGUUUCUUUCACAUCUUUAGAUAACAUUGAGAGAUUCACUGUUUGGGUCAUUUGUAUAUGCCACCCACGACUCAUUUUGUUGUUCCUCCACUGAGACAUUGCAGAUCAGAUGAGGGCGCUGCUUGACGCAGGCGCUUGGCAUAGCAGGGCCACAAUAUGAUCAUUGUACCAUGCCGCUGCUAUCUCUGCAGCAGAAGAACAUGCCUUCUGUAUCAGUGUGUCCUUCCCUUGCCUCCGUGUGUUGGAAAAGAGAUUAAUCUCAACCACCAUCUGGGACAGUGGCUAUGGGUCAAAUAUGCAGGCAGCCCAGAGAGUGUACUUGCAGGGGCAGAAUAGCAGGACCCAGCAGGGUAGCGGGUUUGGCCAGUUUGCCCCCCUUUUUUUUAAAGAGGCAACUAGAAUGAAACAGUGAGGGUUCCACGCACUGUGUUGGUGCUCGUUGGAGGGCUGGUUCCUAAAAACAAACAACAAAAACAAACAAGAAAUAAGCAAACAAAAAAGCAAAUUAAGGACAAAACAGGAGUUAAGACACAUGAAAGAGUGGGUGUCAUGGCUCAGGACAGACAGUGGGAUGAAAUUGUUGGACUAACAAUUUGUGUGUCGACUAACAACUGAGUAAUAAGCCUGCUGUAAAUCAGUUUGCUGUCCACUUUUUGCGGGACACAUCUCAUUUCCGCCAGAUCCGGUGCUUUGCAGGGUUGCAGGCCAGGCCAGUCAUCAACCAUUCUGCAUUAGUAUGGCAGCUCCACUUUGUACCGAUGUUCAUUUAUUAAAUCGAGUUAGUUGGUCUGUGACUUGUAUCAUAUUUUUCUCCUAGCAGCGGCAGGCUUCUUUGCCGGGUCAAUGUAGAAUUGGAGGCCUUGUGCAUUGUAGCUGUUUGUGGCAAAUUUCUGCCUCAGGCUGUUGUCUUUGUCUCUUACUAUUUUACUCAUUGUCUGUUGUCUCUAUAGGUGUGUGCCUUCCUUUGUCUACGUGCUGUCCAUGUCAUCUAUGCCGAGAAAGGAAAAAAAAAGUGCCCGUGCAGUGUGGGCUGAGGAAGCCAGUGCUCCCAUAGAAAUGUCCAGGGGGCGCUCCUGAAUGGGAAGAAGGGGAAUCGAGGGGCCCAGUUUUUGUUAAUCACUAUCGUCCAAAGCCAACAGACAAGGAAACCGAGGGGAGCAUAGGGUAAAUAGCAAGUAAUUAGUAAUUUACCCUGCCCUUUCGCCUUGGUUUCAUUGUCUGUUGGCUUCAUGUGAUUCGGGGGCACUCCUGUGGCCUUUCUGUGAAGGUGGCUAUCUUCACACACACUCCUACUGCAGCAUGGGAAGAAAGAAUUGGGGAAAAAUGAUGGGCUCGUCAAGUUGAACUGCUGAAGUAGUCCACAGUUAUUAAAGCCGAGAAGAACAUGGUGGCAUUAUGUUCUUGGUUGGUGGAAAAGAUUGAUACAUUGCUUUUGUUUAUGUCACAUUGAAAGACAAGCAAAAGAAAAGGCAACACUUAGCUCUUAAAGACAGAUGCUGCAGUCUCCACCGGUCGUGUGCGGUGCCUUGACUUCUGUGACGCUUGAGGCUGUAUUCACGAAUGUGCUUCAACGUGGCCUUGACUCUGCAAUGACUCUGCAUUGACUCUGCAUAGGGCAGCGCAACCCGUAAAUUGAAGUGGUCACUGUGCCUUAGUAACACUUCUCAGUGAUUCUUGAAGUAUAGUUUUGUGAUAGCACUCUUUAGCGUUUACUCAAAGGCACAGGAUUGGAGGGGUGUUUCUUAAGCAACUCCUCUCCUCAUCUUGGGAAUCGCCGAGGAGUGUUGUUGAAGCUCGGUGACUGCUUGGGUUGAUAGCCAGCGCUUUCAUGCACUUGGCAGAGUUGAGGAAGAGUGUCGAGCUGAGGUGAGUUUGUGAAUGCAGAGGUUAGCUUCUCUAGUGGUAGCACUUCUGUAGUGUUCUGCUGCCGUUGUGGUGCUACCUUAAAAGAUGCCUCGAUGACUGUUGUUGCUAGGAUUACGCCAAAGCGAUGUGCAGCAACUCUAAUUUAUGCACCUCUCCUAACCUUGUUACCUACUUCCACUGGAUGGAUGUUUUGGAUUACAUUGCUGUAGUGCAUGCUACCUCGGAACUCCUGUUGUAUUGUGUGGUUAUUUGUUUACCAGUGCUGUGAACUUCUCCACAACGCCUGAACCAUUGCAAGGCUCUUACCUGAAAGCAUGAAUUCUGCAUCAUUUUCCAAUCAUAGGGAGGCGAUGCACUGUCCAUUGUCACAGAUUGCUGGCGGCGGUGCCAUCCUGUGAGUGGUCAUACUGAGAGGCCUAGAGCAAAAGGAGGGUGGUACUGCGCCUAUCUCAUUCAUUUCGGGCUUCGAGCAUCACCAGAACCAGAGUAGAUCCAUUAAAAAGGCGUUUCAGAACUGACACAGCUAACUUCUUCUCUAGGCGCAGUGUUGUGAGUGGCUGACAGGCGUGACACAGCACCUGUGAACAAUUCCGUUCACUAUAUUUUUUUUCGUUUCUUUUUGAGAUGAAGGCAUGGGAACAUUCUUGUAGAAAUUCACAUCUGUCAUCAAACAAACAAAAAACACCAACAAACAGGGUUUCCUCACCAGAUUCACUCAGCACUCAGAUGCACCGUGCAACUGCCUUUUUUUUUUUUUUCAAAUUUGUCCCCAUUUUUUCUUCAUUUUUCUUGGGCCUCAUUGUAAAUUUCUAUACAUUUCUCACCUUGUUGGCACAUUGCCACCAACCAGCGAUGAAAUUCGUCCAAGUGCGGGGCAAGUUGCGGCUAGAGCUGCUGGAACAAGCUCUCCGUUAAUCCCUGUGGUCACAGUAGAACCCAGAAACAGAACAUAUCUGUAGUUUCAGGUCACAGAAACCAUUGACGAUUGUUUUCCAAAGGCAGACAGGGUUCCCUCGUUUCACACAUUGCGUCCCGGUUCUCUCUGUCCAUUGGCUUUGCUCUAGUCUUUCGCGAGAUUCAAGUCAAGCCGAGUACCUCUUCUCUGCUCCUUUCCUUGUCUCGGGCUUUCUCGAUAAGGUUGCUAAUUGUAGUUUGGAUUCUUCAGUGAGGGGAGUAGUGUGUCUAUGGUCAUUCAGUGGUGGCAGCCUUUCAUAGAAAGCAAUCUAUGGCGUCCAUUCAUGUGAGGCCUAAAAUGUCAUACGAGCACUGGGCCGGUAUUUAGUAGCAAUGCCUUUCAGGUAAUAAUGCCUUAUUGCGCUUUGUCAGUGGUCAGAGCGACGGUCCGCUCGCGUUAUCAAUGGGAUCAGCCGGCCGUGAGCGGUGGAUGAUAAGACUAGUGUAGAAUAAUACCCCUGUCAAGCGGGCAAGUUAAGUGCACUUACGGGGAGUGUACUUCGGGACCUUGAGUGACACUUUAGGCUACGCGGUUCUAAACGGGAAAACAGAGUGCACUCGCAGUAAAAAAAUGGCGACAGACUACGAGCGCAUUUUGUGAAAACGUAGAUUAAAAAGAAAAGUACUUCUAAAAAGUGAUUGUCUUACAUUGUAUUAUUAAUUAAAACAAACUUAAUCUGUUUUUUCAAAAAAAAACGAAAAUAUUUUUUAUUUAAGAGUGUGGCAAGUCCAUGCUGGCCAAGAAAAAUGCCUAGCCAAUCCAGAACGACAUAGCGGCGUGCAACAAGGCGGCAUUUGAUCCUGCUCGAGCAGAAUAUGAACGCGUUUUACGCUAUUAUUUGUGCGCAAGAGCUGUUCAACCACUAAAAUGAACUUCUGUGUCCUUUCUUUAUGCAUUACAUGUUAUACCAUUGAAACCGCUGGUGACGAGGCUACGCACUCGGCCAGCAAAGUGCGUUCACGGAAUGCACUUUGCUGGCCGAGUGCGUAGCUUCGUCGCCAGCGGUUUCAAUGGUAUAACAUGUAAUACAUAAAGAAAGGACACAGAAGUUCAUUUUAGUGGUUGAACAGCUCUUGCACACAAAUAAUAGCCUAAAACGCGUUCAUAUUCUGCUCGAGCAGGAUCAAAUGCCGCCUCGUCGCACGCCGCUAUGUCGUUCUGGAUUGGCUAGGCAUUUUUCUUGGCCGGCAUUGACUUGCCACACUCUUAAAUAAAAAAUAUUUUCGUUUUUUGUUGAAAAAACAUAGAUUAAGUUUGUUUUAAUUAAUAAUACAAUGUAAGACAAUCACUUUUUAGAAGUACUUUUCUUUUUAAUCUACGUUUUCACAAAAUGCGCUCGUAGUCUGUCGCCAUUUUUUUACUGCGAGUGCACUCUGUUUUGCCGUUUAGAACCGCGUAGCCUAAAGUGUCACUCAAGGUCCCGAAGUACACUCCCCGUAAGUGCACUUAACUUGCCCGCUUGACAGGGGUAUAAGUCAUAAGGCAUCGCUAUAAAAUCUCGGCCCUGAAGUGCAUCUGUGGGACUGUCCUUAGAUGAGUGUUGCUGUGGCCAUAGAGUUUCCUGCAAAAGUAACUAGAGGGAGCUGUGGCGCUGUGAUCGUGCAGCUACCGCGGGAAUGGUGGCUGGUGCAUGGAUUUGUUUAAUGUUUGUCCUUGUGGCUUCACACGUUCUUGUCGCGUUAUUUAUGGCACUUCACCUCUCUCUCUCAAUUUCCAAGCAAUCGUAGUUUUGUAAAGGCCUGCAGGCAACAGGUUCCUGCACACACACACAUAAUCGCUGCGAAUCAUUGCAUUUAUAGUGCAAUACUGAUGUUCGAAAAUCAUCAAUUAGAUGUGACAAAGCCGUUUGAAGCCAGAAGUACAAAAUUUAGACAAAUCCGUGUACUAACCACCAUUCCCAAGCAGGAUAAGCCGUUGUUCUUGCUGCCGCCAUAGACACUAGCGCCAAAGUUUCCUCUAGGGGUUUUUGUAGAAAGCUCUUGUGGCUGUGGCCAGAGUUCUUCAGCGAAAAGGAAAAAUUGUCUUGUCCACCCAAUGGUACCACCAAGCCACAAAGAAAACCCACGUAGAUUUCUAUGGAAUUGACUCACCAUAUUGAGCAUUCCAAUGCCUUGAGUUAUCUGUUAAUUUGGCGCUGCGCUUCCAUGUAAGUGCUAGCCUACUACAUAUGCAUCAGUUUUUAAGAUUUUAUCGUAAACUGCCAGGUUUUUAGAGCUUGAUUACGAUUUUCGUAAUAACACCAACAAUUUAAUGAUUUUUUUUUACUUGUUCCCAGUUUACAGCAGAAUUAACCUAACAGGAUAUUUGCCAUAUUGGGUUCUUCAGUUUUUCUUUUCUUUUUUUGGUUUUUCAGUUACCAUUUUGGAUCUCCCCCGUAGCUACCACGUGUUUCAAUAUCCAAACAGGCCGAUCCUUCAUGACUAUGGAGGCCUUCUACCAAUUGUAACUUCACAUACAAGGGCAUACCUGCCAACUCUUGUGAUGUUAUCAUAAAAUGCCAGAUUUUUAAAGCAUGUUUGCAAUUGUCAUCUUCACACCAAUAGUUUUACAAGUUUCUUUUUUUGUAUUCAGUUUAGGGCGAACAGGGCACAGCCUCUGCGACCUUGAGUUCUUGCUGCUAUUUAAGGUCUGGGAGGCAUGUGCAAAUUUUUAGCAGUGAAUAUUUGUUUCUCGCUCCACUCUGGUCCAUUUUGACUUUGUCGUGCGCACAUAUCACUGAUGUGAUGUCUCCAUCCACAGUGCAUAUCCAUCCACUCAACAUUAUUAUCGCCUAUGAUCUCCAUCACCUCGGUUAACCUUUUAAAUUGCGUCUUUCCAGUCAUUAAUUUUUUGCUGAUCUUGAUAAUGAGUUUAGUUUGAUCAUGUCCAGUUUUUUAAUUCGUACAACAUGCAGUUUCUGCUAAUGUGGCCUUUUCGGGUGAAUAAUGUGAAUUUGCCAUGGCUGCACAAAUUGGUAUUGGUCACUAUGGUGUGUAGCUGUCGUUGCUGCUACGCAGUACCUUAGCUGAGUACACAUUUCUGAAGCUUCCAAAUUGUUGACAGGUAUGAGCUUUGAUGAGUGAUCAAACAGUCAUCAAUGCCGGAACACAUCAGCUGCAUCAUUAUUUGCUUAUCUCGCAGACAUUUAGGAAAUUGUACCAGUGUCUUUAGUGCAAAGGCUGUACAGUGUUAAAUUACUCCUUCUUGCAGUUUACUAGUGUAAUGAACUGCUUCUUUGGGCUUGUGAUUUACUGACAUAAUGAAUUAGCUUACGGCGAUCGUGGGAGUCAUUUUAUUAAUGUUUCUACAAUUAGUGCUUCUAGGAAUGCAUUUAUAUUUAUUCUUAUGUGUUGUUGACAUAAGAAACUCGCAGCUCAUUUCUGUGUGGCAUGAUUUUAUGAAAUUCUGUGGCGGAGUCAGUGUUAUGAAAGAAACAGGCACAGAAAUGUUUGGAUAUGUUUGAAUACAUAUACAAAUGGCUUAAUUAUGAAUCAGGCAAAAUUUUAAGUUGUGGAGUUUCUCGCACCAAAGCAACAGAUAGAAUAAAAGGAUGCCGUAAGGGGGAUUCUGGGUUAAUUUCAGCCAUCUGACAUUUUUAACAAGCUUUCUAAUCUAAGUACAAAAAUAUUUUAUGCUGUUGGAAUCCUUCCCUAUCGGAAUGUGUUUGUAACAACAAUCAAAAUGGCAGCCAGGAUGCUGUAGCCAUGGAGCCCCCAUGACAGGUAUCGUGAAACAGUUGAAAACUGGCAUCGAGGUAACAUUAGUUGAAUUUACGUUGUUUUGUACAACUAGAUUGUAGUAUAGCCUGAAGGCUUUUGAGAACAAUGGUACAGCUCCCCGAUACAUUUCUUCAUCGCUCUAUUGAGUAACAGAACACACUCGGCUUUGAAUGCAGUUAAUGAGAUCCUGCUGUUUUUCCCAAGGUGAUGUCAUCAGCCAGGGCUACUUUUGGAAUUCAGUGUUUGUGGAGCGAGCAAUGCUUGCUAGGUAGGCGAGGUAAUUGUUUGUGUGCCAGAUUGCGGAACUUCUUGUCCCGACGUUUAUCUCCAUCACUGUCUGCUUUGUCAUGUUGUUCAACAAUAAAGCGCACACUGAGGUUUUCAACUUGCCACUGGCAUGGCUUUAGAGACGUUAUUGUGAACCCUCGCAUAUCGACUUGAUGAGCACUGGCCUGCUUGACAGUUGACUGCUUGUCUGCAUAUGUGUUGGUUUAUCGUGACACAAACUGAACAUGUGAAAGCUACAUCCAUCUUUCGGAUAUGUGUCGGCUAAUGUUGCAGGCAGCAUUUUGUCAACAUUUUUUAAUGACCUUUGUCUAUAGUACUAAGUCCAACAAUUAGUGUACAACUUAAGCUUAUGGCUGUCAUGUAUUUUAUAUGUGCCAAGCUGCUAAUCAGGGUGUUGUCAACCCAACUGAAUAAGACUAAACAAGGCCAACAUCUGCCUGAUAGCCUAUUGGGUUCUGGCAGAAUUAGAAGCCCGUUUCUGUCCUAAACACAGCCUCAUUACAGUUGUUCAAACCACUUUAUGUGCAAAGAGCACAAAGCUCUAAUCGUUGUCAAUGUACACCGUAAGGAAAAAACGCUGUACAUUGACAACGAUUAGAGCACUUUGAUAUUGAUUUGCUCUUUGUAACACUGAAUAUAUUAAUGGUUGGUACAAAACGUGGUUCUAAAGCUCUUCUGUUUGAGCCAGCUGUGUUUUUUAAACAGAAACGAGGCUUUCCUGCUGACAAGUGCCACUUGUUGGGAUACUUGCUUGUAUGGCAAAGUAGAGGGCUCUCUCACGACAUUUUUUAUGUUAAACUGGUCGCAGUGUGAGUAAGUUUCAUUGAGAGACAUGAAUAGUCAUUGAGCUUUUUAUUGAGAGAGAUUCAUUGAGCCAUAAAUGACAGUCAAAGACAGUUUUAGUAUAGCAUAUGCAAAACCCUUGCAAACGCUUUGAAAUAAUGGUACAAAAUACGCAUCCGCCGAACGUUACGAAGAGGUUUGCAAGUUACAUACCCAUGCCAACUUUUGGAUUUAGUAUUGCAGGCUUUGCAUGGUUAGUGUGGCUAGUGUAACAACAUGGCAACACCGAGGUUGCCCACUUCAAUCCGAAUUUAGCCUUGUUACUUGCUUUUCAUUGCAGCAACAAAAUGUUUAUGGUAAAAUGAGCUUCAGCUUAGUGAGAUAAGCCAUUUCUUCUGACGCUGCCAGGCCUAACAAAAGAUGCCGCCGUUGCUGCGAGAGUGCUUUGAUUUCUAUAUACCAGAUAGUGCCACAGCAGUUGGUGUUGGCCAUACACUUGCCAUGUGGAGAGCUCUACUAAAGGUCUCAUCGAGGACAUGUGUAUAGCGUGGCCGUAGCCAUGUUGCAUGUGUCUGUGUAAAAAGCCGAAAAAGCCCUACAGUACAGCCCUACAGUACAGUACAGUACAGCCCUACAGUACUAGAACUGUCUAACAAGAGAGAAAUAGUUUGUGGAAAUCCAAACAAGACAGGAGGUUCACAGUGAGAUGGUGACUUGACGUGAUGGAACAGUGGUCGAACAAAGGAUGUCUCAGGUUGGAGCCAACAGUUGGACAAAGGAACUUGGAUUCGUCGAGGCAGUGGGAAGUGAUGUAACACACUACACAAAGAAUCGCACAAGUACUGCAUCUUUUGAAUUCUGCAUUGUGGUAUUUCAUGCUGCUUAGUACGAAUAUGUGCUGUGAAUGUGCUCUUCUUUGAGGGCACAUAGGCCACACCUGUAUUGAUGCGAAAUGGGUAGCAUCCUGCAUAAAUCUGUGAGCUAUGAAGAUUGCAUUAGGCCUUGCUUGCACUGGCGAUGGUGGCUUAGAGUGUCCUUUUUUGUUGUUUUUCCUGCAUUAUAACUUAAGCUGUUCACACUGUGACUAGCCGAUCCAUGGCAAUGAAAGGCUGCAUUUGGCUUCGCAUAAGAAGACCGUGUCUUCCAGUGUGGCCACAUUCAAUCUUGCACCAUUAGUGUGAGGGGCCAACUUACAGAGCCAUCUCAGAAAUGUGUUUUAAAGAGGAAGCAAAAGAGAAGUGAUGAGUUACAAGCAUGUUUGAUUGUGGUCUUGUGUUUCUUGAUUUGUGAUGCAUUCAUAUUUGGGAACCCGGUGAGUGAAACAAGGGAGUGCCCACGCUGAGAUUAGAGUGUUUUCUCCUUUUCCGGUUUGCUCAUACAUAAAGUGUCUGCAUUCUUUGGUUUUUGUAUUUUGCUCUUUCAAAGUGCUUCAGUGUAGAUUUUGAUGAGAUUAAAACACACAGACGCUGACAGAGGGAGCUGGCGUUUUAAGUGUCCUGCCGGUGAAGUCCUGAGGGUUUGUUAGAGCAAUCUGUUCCUUGGAUUUUUCUGUGUUCUUCUUUGAUGUACCUAAUGGGAGGUUGGUGGACGAACUCACAGUAUUCUGCCGAGGCCCGAUUUAUCGAGCACUAGGGUGCUGUGCUAGACAUUAUUUCUAAGGAAUGUUGCUUCAAAAUAGGUUGUUAGUCAUAAAGUGAGUUUUCUUGGGCAGACUGUUUGCAACAGGGCUCUGUGCUUGUUCAUCUCCUCUUGCCAACGGUUUCUCUGUACGAAUUGAUAGCCUUAUUUCUUUGUUUGUGGGGACAACACUGUAACAUGCUUGCUAUUGGAGACUGUAGGAGGACCGAGCCCGAGCACUGGCGAUGCCAUUGCUCCUGAAAAUGAAUGGCAGUUUAAUGGGCUGCAGUGGAAACACACCCCGUUUUCGUCUUUCUUUUUUUGGUGUAGCAAUCUUGUCGUAGCUAGCUGCUGGUAUCCACCCUGUAUUUUUUUUGUCUGUGGUGCAUACGACACACCAGGCCUGCCGUGUAAACCAUGUGCUUAGGCAAAGAACUCCUCUUAGGCAAAGAACUCCUUUGUGUUCUUUGCCAAAAUUUGAAGGUCGGUUAAAUUUAUUUCCGCUGUAUCUGUGUUUUAUUUAUGUGCCUGACAGAUGGCCGUCGUGACAGCCUUCACCUAAAAAGUUGUACCUUGACUCAUAACAACACUAAUUAUUCAGAGGUACACGCUGGUUUCCUGUAACCUUAAUUGUAUGUUCUUAUCCAAUUUCUAAUGUUUAACUCUGUGCAACCAAAGCAAAUGGCACAUGAUUCUGUGAUUUAAACACACCUUAUCAAACAACCCAACAGGAGUCGCUUGUGUGAACCUAAACACUCGUCAGAUAUUGUGAGAACUUGUAGAAACGCACUUUGAUGUUGGAACUGUGUCCUGUUUGGUGUGCAUAAUGAGGAGCAGUAGAAACUGGAUGGGAACUUACGUUAUUGAAAGUGUGCACACAUGUGAAUGGACAACGAUUAUGUCUGUUGUUGGACAGUAACACGCGUUUGUCAGUGCAUCACUCGUGAGUGUGUAGAAGCCGUACGUGACGUGUUGCCUGUGGGCCGGUGUCGGUUACGUGACUUUUGUGGAUGCUGUAAAGAAACCGAGUGUUGUUCCAUCAGAGGGCCGCUAGUUUAAGCAACCUCUGUUGUGCAUCCUUAACUGUUGUCUUUGCCCUUGAUCCCCUUUGUUGUGUGCCAAGCUACUUACUCAUCAUUAGCAGCUGGGCAGCUUCUCUUUGUGGCCGUGUCGUUUACGUGUUUUCUUCUUCUUGUUCUUGCUACGUAUAAAUAUGCGUGUACGUAUACGUGUACAAUGUUUGUAUGAAGGCAUCGUCUUGUAAUAUUGUGCAUACCGGAGGCGAACGAAAGAAAGUGUACUAUUUUAGAUUUUCGAGUCUUAGAAACUAUAGCGGUGUAAUAAAUUUUAGUUUUUUAAAUAACA